CGCGGUCAGACGGGAUCCUCGCAGGCUCAGGCUGCUCCUCCCCAGAGGAGUCCCUUGUGAUUCCGCUUCGGGGAAGGCCCGGAGAGACCCAGCGAACUCCGGCCCUUUCCUCUUUCUGGUGGUCCCCCCACUGAUGUCUUCUCGCCUUCUAUCCAUCCCGGCAGGCUUCCCGGAAAGCGCUAGCCUGCCGAGGUUCCCGCACCGCCCCCACCCCGACCCCCGAAUCCGGAGGUUUGGGCACGAGUCCUCCGCUCCGCCGCUUCCUAGCUGAGAGAUCUCGGGCACUUCUCUUCCAGCCCCUCCUCCACCUCGUUUUUUCUGGAUGCAAAACCAGGGGAAGGACUGGGCGGGCUAAGGGCCCUUUAGGUGCCGCGAGCACUGUGGCUCCACUGUCCCCAUCUCAUUUCAGGUCAGAGCUGUUGGGGCUAUGACCGCCUGCUGCCUCGGAGCGACACUGUAUCCACCGCGGCUGCUCCCGCCCCCAAGCAGGACCAGCGGCUAUAUUGUAUCCAGAGAAGGUGCCACCUGGUGUCCCGCCGCUGGCUGAGGCGUCUCAGCUACCUUGUAUCCAUCCAUAUCAGGGGCGCGCUACACUCUUAUCCCAAGGCUACAUGGUAGCCACUGCAGAGAGAGGAGAAGGGAUGGGAGAGAAUGUGUGUGCGACAGAGACAGACAGAGGAUAGAGAAUCUUUCUCUUCCACCCAACCCUGCCCCUGCUGUGCCAUCCAGGCCCACAGCUCUGCCACUGAGUCAAUGAUUGGUUGCGAGAGGAACUCGGGGGAGGACCUGGGGGCCAGCAGCAUCUUUGCCCUCUCGAAUCGCUUUACACUAAUAACUCUUGGUAAUGUUGGUGACGUAGUAGUGGUCGUCGCCUCAGUCACAGUUCGACUUAGGGUCGAACAUCCCCUAUACCUUGUUGACCCGGGAACAGAGCAGGGAUGCGCAUGCGUCUCCGAGACUUUUUACCGCUUUCCUUCCCCCUCCCUCCGCCUUCCCCCGGGCCAAGGAAACUACAAUUCCCACAAAGAUACGCGGCUCAGAUCGCAGGGCUGGGGGUUGGCGCGGAGGUAGGGCAACUACGCCCCUUCUCAUUGGCUUAAAGUCCUGGAGUGGGCUAUUGGCUACCGGUUCAGGGCAAGAAGGGAAUCGCGGGCUCGGAUUGGCGAAAUGUGAAGGCUAGGAGGUGGUCCCGGAAAUAGUGGCGAGGGAGACCCACGUGGAGGGUCUCGGGUACCCGCUGCAUCCUUGGAGAGGACCUCAGGCUCGGACCCAAGAGCCGGUGGCCCCUGCUGCAGAGGGUGGCAUGGAAGACACCUUCAGCAGCCCCGCAGGGGCCGCGCUGCAGCGGGAGGCUGGGGCCCCGGGGUCAGUGACACCCCUUACCGAGCUGGGCCGCGCUUACGAGCUGGAGCGGGUGCAGGCCUUCGUGCUGGAGCACGAAGCCAAGCGGGUGGCCCUGCAGUUCCCAGAUGAACUCCUCGGAGACAGUGUGGCGGUGGCCCGGGCCCUGGAGGAGAUGACGGGGGCCAAGAUGUCUGUGCUGGGGGACACAGCCUAUGGCAGCUGCUGUGUGGAUGUCCUGGGGGCUGAGCAGGCUGAAGCCCAUGCCCUGGUCCACUUCGGCCCUGCCUGUCUGAGCCCGCUUUCCUGCCCCCUGCCCAUCACUUACGUCCUUGGCCGGCGUCCUGUGGCCCUGGAGCUGUGUGCGGAGGCCUUCCGAGCCCUGCACCCCAACCCUGCAGAGCCCGUGGUGCUGCUGAGUGAGCCAGCCUGUGCCCACGCCCUGGAAGCCUUGGCUGCCCUUCUUCGCCCACAGUAUGAGGACAUCUUGGUCUCCCAGCCAGCUCUGCCCAAUGCUGCCACAGGCAGGGAGCACCCACCAUUGGAGCGCUUUGGCCGCAUUUUCCCACUGGGCCCUGGGCGGCAGCUGGAUGAUUAUGGUGCCUUUUAUGUUGGGGGCCCUAAGAAUGGGGCCAGUGGAGAUGAGGUGACCCCAGACCUGCUCAGCUGCUCCUGGGCUGGCCCCCGGCCGCCCUUCUCAUCCUGCCACCAGGCUCUACAGGCCCGAGCAGAGGGCCCUCGGGCAGAGCCAAGCCAAGCACGCAGCCACUAUCUGGUGGAGCGGGCACGGGAUGCUCGAGUGGUAGGACUGCUGGCCGGGCACUUGGCGGGGGCGGGGCACCGUGAGGCUCUGACCCACUUGCGGAAAUUAGUGCAUGCUGCUGGCAAGCGGGCCUACGUCCUGUCACUGGGCCGGGCCCAGCCCUGCCGCUGGUCUAACUUCCCUGAGAUAGACAUCUUUGUGCUGCUGGCUUGUCCCUGGCAUGGGCUCUGGACCGCCCCCAGCGUGGUAGCAGCAGAAGAGGCUUCUUCCGGCCACUGCUUACCCCCCUAUGAACUGGAAGUCGCAUGUAACCCAGCUCGAGGGCCGCUGGGGCCGGGGCCCUUCCUCACUCACUACUCUGACCUGCUGCCAGGCUCCCCUUUCCAUGUGCCAAUCCCAGCCCCGGACUCUGAGCUGUGGGAUGUGCCCGAUGUAUCACUCAUCACGGGGGAGCUGCGCCCACCACAGGCCUCGGCUUCCCCAGAAGUCCCUGAUGCCCUCGGGGGUUCAGCCCUGAGCCAGCGAUCCCGGCUUGAGCUUGCUGAGAGCAGUCCAGCAGCUUUGUUCCUUGGUUCCCGUACUUGGCGGGGGUUGGAACCUCAGCUAGGCCAGACGGCACCAAUGCGGGCAGUAGCUGGGAGACGAGGUGUGCCCAUUGCCUAUGAGGACGAGCCUGGCAGCUGAGGAACCCUCAGUGGCAAAUGAGACUCCAAGACAAGACCUUGGCACUCCUUGAAAAAGCAGAUCCCCAGGAGGAUCGCAGGUGCCAACAGCCAGUCUGGCUGGAGCAAGCCAGCUCAGGCUGGGCUGUCCUCCCUGGCAGACUUCAGCUGUCCUUGCCCUCUGCCCCCUGGAGUCUCAUCACCAAACUGGAGGGUGGAGGAGGAACAAGCAUUUAUAGGGCACCUGCUGUGUGGGAGGCUCUGGCUUAAGCACCUUUGACACGGUGCUAGUGCCAUCCUCCCACCAACCCUGGGGGGCAGCUGCUUCCCAGAUGAGGAACCUGAGGUAGGGGGAGCUGAAGUGUCUGAGGCUAGAUGUGGACUCUGGGCUUCCGGACCCCAGGCCCAGCCAGCAGGGAGUCCAAGAGCAAGGGCACCCCCAGAACUGAACACUGUCCCUUCAGCUGCUCUUGGGGUCCCAGUGGCUCUGUCGGCACUAAGUCAAGUGGCAUCGAUUAGGCCUGUACCAAGAGUGUUAAGGAUGGCAACAGCAGGGUCCUCCCAUUCCCAGGGGGCUCUGGCUGAAGGGGAGGCAGACACGGGCCCAGACGCUCCCUGAGCCUCGGGAUCUCGGAGCAUGCAGGCCACCCUGCACCAGCAUGGAAGGGGGGCCACCCGCCCUAGUCUCUGAGGCCGCCCUUCCCACUAUGUUGGUGAGGGUGAUUCUCAUGCUGAGUCAGCAUCAGCCUUUCCUGUGGAGUUGGGGGGAAGGAAGUUCCAGUUGAAUGUAUGAGAGAUUUAAAAAGAAAAACAACCUUGCAAACUAGACAAGAGCCACUUUCUCAGGUAUCGUUCUUCUCUGUUCUACCAAAUUCUUGGAAAU